AUGGCAUCCAAAGAGUCAGCCUCCAACAACCCAGGCCUCCACACUAGUCCUGAUGAGGAGACCAGAGGUUUUUUCUUGCAACAAACAAAUUUUCGAGUGAAGGACCCCAAAGUCAGUCUCGACUUCUACUCUCGAGUAAUGGGCAUGUCGUUGCUUAAGAGGUUGGAUUUGUCAGAUUACAAGCUUACUAUAUACCUUUUGGGAUAUGAGGACACUUCUUCAGCUCCAAAUGAUCCCAUUGAGCGCACUAAUUGGACUUUUGGUCAGAAAGCUGUCCUUGAGCUUGCACAUGAAUGGGGUACUGAGAAUGAUCCCGAUUUUAGGGGUUACCAUACUGGGAACUCAGAACCUCUGGGAUAUGGGCACAUAGGUAUUACCGUUCAUGAUGUAAACAAGGCGUGCAAGAGAUUUGAAAGUUUGAAUGUGGAGUUUGUAAAGAAACCUAAUGAUGGUAUGAAGAAUAUAGCAUUCAUUAAAGAUCCCGAUGGCUACUGGAUUGAAAUAUUUGACACCAAAACAGUAGGAAAGGCUGUCGCUCAAGCUGCUUGA